GUGGGGAUUUGCCGUGGUUUUUAUCCCGUUAUUAUGUAAUUGAGACUAGAGUUCAAUGGGCGUGGAAAAGGUGAGGAGAUGUACUCUUCAAAGAUUGGGCCUCUCUGAAGCUAACCUUCCCGCGUUACAUUCGGAGACACAGUUCUGCUGGAGAUCGUCGAAGAAAUCGAUCUCUUGGCCAUAUGUGUGCGGGCUUUUGCUCUUCGCCUUGGGUCUAAUUUCGCUUUUCACUGGUCAUGUUGCCUCUCAUCUUGAGUGGUAUUCUCAACGUUUAACUAAGCGGUCGCGGCACUCCAGACUGAAUGAGAGAGAUAGUGCAACUACCAGUUUAUGGAAAUCAAGAUCUUCAAAUUUCUACUAUGGAUGUAGUAACAGAGGCCGUCAUUUCCCACCUGCGGUUCGUGAGCGCAUGUCAAAUGGCUAUUUGCUAAUUGCGACAAGUGGAGGGCUAAAUCAACAAAGAACGGGGAUAACAGAUGCAGUAGUUGUUGCACGCAUUUUGAAUGCUACACUAGUUGUACCAGAGCUGGAUCAUAAUUCCUUCUGGAAAGAUGAUAGUGACUUCAUUAAUAUUUUCGAUGUUGACUGGUUCAUUACGUCUCUUGCAAAGGAUGUCACCAUUGUAAAAAGAAUUCCUGGUAAAGUAAUGAGAUCAAUGGAAAAACCUCCAUAUACAAUGCGUGUGCCAAGGAAGUCACCUCCUGAAUAUUAUCUGGACCAAGUGCUGCCUAUACUCUUGAGGAGGCGUGCUGUUCAGUUGACAAAGUUUGAUUAUAGGCUUGCAAACAGCCUUGACGAUGAACUACAAAAGCUUCGUUGCCGAGUGAAUUAUCAUUCUUUGAGAUUUACAAAACCUAUACGGGAACUUGGUAAAAAACUUGCAAUGAGAAUGCAUAAGAUGGCCAAACGUUUCAUUGCAGUUCACUUGAGGUUUGAACCUGAUAUGCUGGCAUUUUCUGGUUGUUACUACGGUGGAGGUGACAAGGAGCGAAAUGAAUUAAGUCAAAUCAGGAAGCAAUGGCCUACACUCCCUCCUUUGAGCCCUGAUGGAGAGCGCCAACGAGGGAAAUGUCCACUUACUCCUCAUGAAGUGGGUCUCAUGCUAAGGGCACUAGGUUUUGGAAAUGAUACCUAUCUCUAUGUUGCAUCUGGAGAAAUAUAUGGUGGAGAACAGACUCUGCAGCCCCUCAGAGACCUCUUCCCAAACUUCUACACCAAGGAGAUGCUUGCUGGUGAAGGGUUGAAACCCCUUCUUCCCUACUCAUCUCGCCUUGCUGCCAUUGACUACAUUGUAUGUGACGAGAGUGAUGUAUUUGUCACCAAUAACAACGGCAAUAUGGCAAAGAUUCUUGCUGGUCGACGGAGGUACAUGGGCCACAAGAGGACGAUCAGGCCAAAUGCAAAGAAGCUGAGUGCAUUGUUCAUGGCACGGGAGCAGAUGGAUUGGAAUAAAUUUGCCAGGAAAGUGCGAUCAUGCCAAAAAGGUUUCAUGGGGGAGCCAGAGGAGAUGAGGGCAGGACGAGGUGAAUUCCAUGAAUUGCCAUCCUCUUGCAUCUGCCAGAAACCACACCGCAAGAAUAUUGUUGGUAAUAGCAGUGAUGUGGAGCCACCAGCAGAAAUUGAUUUCUUGGGCUCAAAUGGGGAUGUUGACUUGGAUGACAAUAGAGAGAACAGAGGCAAUCAGCAGCUGUUGCACAUAUUUAAGAAGGAAGGUGUAGGAGAAACCCAAGUAUCCACUGUAGAUACUGAGGAAGAGGAGUUUUUGCCAGAACAGAAAUAAACUAAAGAAGAGGAGGCGAGGUCUCAAACAUAUUCAAGGCAGGACUGGCUUCAACAACUCACGAUCCGCAUUCCAAUUUUCCUUUCCUGCACAACCAAUUUGAGUUAGCAUGGACGUCAAGUAGACGUACCAUGUCGCACAAUCUGGACCUGACGCAUCCAAGCUUUUUCAUUCUAAACUUCUAACCGACUUUGACAGUGAUUGGACAAGUUGUAGUGUGUACAGAGGGAGAAAAAGAAGAAAGAAAAAAAAUUGAAGUGCAUCUACACUUCAAAUUGUAACAUACAAAUUGGUUCUUCAAUGAAAUACAGUACUGUAUAAUGUUGGCUCAGUUGACAAGAUUUAGCAAGCCACAAAAGAAGGUUGGCAAGCAAUAUAUUAGAGAAAAAGAGAUGGGCCUUUGUUAGAAUCACCUCCAUUCUCCUUCAAUCCUCAA